AGCGGGAAGAGAUUGCGUUGCGGGGGAAAGGGAAAAACCCACGACAGAAAAGAACAAAGAAAUAUUGUCUUCCACUUGGUAGACUUCAUUACAGUGGAACCGAGUAGAAGCGCUAACCCUAAUCCUAUCAAAAAGCUCAAAGUCGAUCGUUGGAUUGUGUUCCGUCCCAGUUGUUACUUCGGAUUUCUGAAUAAUUGCUCCGAUUUUGGCCGGAUUGACAGGGGAGCGCGUAUCUGACCGCGGAAUCUAAUUCGCAAGGUGGGCUGCUCGCAAAUCGCAGAAAUGAGCUCCGUGACAUUUGGAUCAGUCCAUGUGGAUUAUGGAUGCACAUGGAAGAAUGGACGAAAAGCUUCUCUACUUCCAAAAUUUGGGAAGCGGAAUUCAAGCAUGCUCCUUGUGAGGGCCUCAGUAGUUUCACCUUCGCAGACCUUCCCCUCGACUGGCCAAGAAAGUAAGAAAUCUUCAGAGACUGUUAGGGUGGGCGUGCUCGGUGCAAGUGGAUAUACAGGUUCCGAGAUCGUGAGGCUUUUAGCAAACCAUCCAAACUUUAAAAUCACACUUAUGACUGCUGACAGAAAAGCUGGACAAUCUCUUGGAUCUGUGUUUCCUCACUUGAUUACACAAGAGUUGCCAAAGAUGAUUGCCGUCAAAGAUGCCAACUUCUCUGAAGUUGAUGCUGUGUUUUGCUGUUUGCCACAUGGAACAACUCAGGAAAUCAUUAAAGGUCUUCCAAGGGGGAUAAAAAUUGUUGAUCUUUCUGCGGAUUUUCGGCUCCGUAACAUUGAUGAAUAUGAGGAGUGGUAUGGGCAACCUCACAGAGCACCAGAAUUGCAAAAAGAAGCUGUAUAUGGAUUGACGGAGAUUUUGAGGGAUGACAUCAGAAAUGCUCGUCUAGUUGCUAAUCCUGGUUGCUAUCCAACAUCUAUUCAGCUUCCUCUUGUUCCUUUGCUAAAGGAACGACUGAUUGAAGUGAGAAACAUUAUUAUUGAUGCAAAAUCUGGAGUAAGUGGUGCAGGACGUGGUGCAAAGGAGGCAAAUUUGUAUACUGAAAUUGCUGAAGGCAUACAUUCUUAUGGAAUUACUAAGCACCGUCAUGUCCCUGAAAUUGAACAAGGGCUCAACGAUGUAUCAUCUUCAAAAGUGGUUGUUAGUUUUACACCACAUCUAAUGCCAAUGAGCCGAGGCAUGCAGUCAACCAUAUAUGUGGAAAUGGCCUCUGGAGUGACAACUGAAGACUUGUACCAAUGCUUAAGUAGCUAUUAUGAGAAUGAAGAAUUUGUGGUUUUGUUGGAGAAAGGAGCAAUUCCUCAUACUAGAAAUGUCCGAGGAUCAAAUUACUGCUUCAUGAAUGUAUUUGAUGACCGGAUUACUGGAAGAGCAAUAAUAGUCUCUGUUAUUGACAAUUUGGUGAAAGGAGCUUCAGGGCAAGCACUGCAAAACCUUAAUCUGAUGAUGGGAUAUCCUGAGGGCACUGGAUUGCGUUAUCAACCACUCUUCCCGUGAGACCAGUUAUUUUGGGCUUCAUAUGAUUUUGCCAGGUCGAAAUGCCUGACUGGCUUGUGUUGCUUGCUGUCUGCACACUGUAAUGAAGUGAUAGGCAAGCAAGUGCAAAGGUAAUUACUCCUCCCGAGAAGCUCACUAUUACGGAUAAUAAGGGGACAGCCUGUAUCCAUUUCCGUGAUCUCUGGAUUCUGUGGCUAGGUCGCUACAAAAUCUGUGGACUUCACAAGUCUCCACGUUAUUUAUUGUUGUAUUUUCUACAUGCUCGAUGAGCUCAUCAUCGGCGUGUUUUCUCAUGUUUCAAAUAACUGUGUCCUCGUAAUUAAGAUAGCUCUUUGCUCCA